GUAGGGUUAAGGCGCGCCUGCUAAGGCCGAGGUCAACUCCGCUUGGCCUGUGCUUCUUUCCCCGCAAAGCAGCUCUCUGGAACAGCAACUCCACGACUGAGAGCAAGCGAGUCAUCAAGAUGCGCGUCCCGAAGCUUGCCCUUAUACCGCAAGCUUCUGGCUUGACGACCGCACUCGACAAAUAUCCAGAACGCUGAUAGAGCGCCGGUGCCAUCAAUCCCAACCUUAACAAAUUGCAUCCAUCGAGAGACCUCCACGAUGUCGCUGUCGCACACGAUGAACUUCUCGAUCCCCGAUGAUCUGAAACAAUACCUCGCCGAUCUUGACAAAUUCAUCGACGAGAAGAUCACUCCGCUCCAACACAAAGACGACAACAACCGCUUCUUCGACCACCGCCGCGAGCACGCUCGAACCGAUUGGGACAAUGGGGGCCUGCCGCGCAAGGAAUGGGAGGAGCUGCUGGCAGAGUCGAGGCGACUGGCUGAUGAAGCCGGAUUUUACAGACUGUCGCUGCCAAAGCAAUACGGUGGACAGAACAGUGCCGACGGACGAGGGAGCAAUCUCUGGAUGGCUGUCAUCCGAGAGCAUCUCGCCGCGAAAGGGCUGGGCUUGUUCAACGACUUGCAGACGGAGCAUUCAAUGGUUGGCAACUUUCCUGAUGUUAUCAUGCUCAUGAACUUUGGCAACGAGCAGCAGAAGAAGGAGUUCAUACCGCUGCGGCUGCAGGGCAAGUUCAGGAUGACGUUCGGCUUGACGGAGCCCGGUCAUGGCUCGGAUGCGACACACAUGGCGACAAAGGGGCGGCCGGAGACAAGGGACGGCGUGAAAGGUUGGCUGCUGAACGGAUACAAACGGUGGCAGACUGGCAUGCACCACGCUACACACUGCUCGGUCUUUGCGAGGACGUCUGGAAAGGAUGGCGAGAUAAAGGGUAUCUCGUGCUUUGUUGUACCGGUAGAGACGCCAGGUCUCAAGGCAGAGUCGUAUGAGUGGACACUGAACAUGCCCACUGACCACGCCACCGUCUCAAUCAAAGACGUCUGGGUACCCGAGACCGCCGCAUUGGGUCCCAUCCACAACGGCCUCGGUGUCGCGCAAGCUUUCGUCCACGAGAACCGCAUCCGCCAAGCAGCAUCCUCGCUCGGCGCUGCCGUCUACUGCGUCCAACAAUCCGUCGAAUACGCCAACGAACGCGCGCCCUUCGGAACCCCUCUCUCGCACAACCAAGGCAUUCAGUUCCCGCUCGUCGAACUUGCGACGCAAUGCGAGAUGCUGCGACAGCUGAUACGUAAGACUGCGCUGGAGAUGGACUCUAUGCCACACAAUGAGAUUGAGAAGAAGAUUGGCGAUAAGGUGUCCAUGUGCAAUUACUACGCAAACAGGCUGUGUACGCAGGCGGCAGACCGGGCGAUCCAGGUCCAUGGUGGCAAUGGAUACUCGCGACACUAUCCGUUUGAGCAUAUCUGGAGACACCAUCGCCGGUAUAGGAUCACUGAGGGUAGUGAGGAGAUUCAGAUGCGGAAGGUUGCUGCGUAUUUGUUUGGUUUUGGUGGGAGGAAGAGUUUGGUGGACGCCACGAAGGCGGAGUCGAAGCUGUAGACCCUCUUGAGGAGGCUAUAGAAGCAGCUUCAAUCAUAGCAAUCUACGAAGCCACUUGUUGAACCCAGGCAUUGCAUCUUUCUCUGUGAUUACAGGUAGCAGUACCACGAUUAGUAAAAACCACACACAAAAGGCUACCACCCAGAGCAAAGUCAAUCGCAGUGUGGCGCUCUUUGGUGGUGCCGGGAGCGGUUUUGUUUGUUGUUCUUUCGUGACUGAAUUGGCUACCGGUAAUAGAGGCACUGAUGGGAGUGGUUUGGAGUGACUUUGUAAGCUGAGGGGCUUUGGUGCUGCGACGCGUUUGAUGGAUCGGAUGGUGUUUCCGGUACUGGAAGUCUUUGGUGGCACUGGCGGGCCCUGAUCCUGUGUACGUGGUUUUCGGUUCCGUACUUGUUGGCUAACGGGCCCUUUUUCCGACAUUGUGGCUAUGUCCGAGUAAGAGAGAGAUUAUGAGGCGCGUUCCAG